UCUAAUCAAAAUCUUUCUUUUAUCUUCCCCCCUCCUUGUGUUCCUCUAACUCCUCCAACCCCUACUUUCACUCCCCACUAUAUCUGUCUGUGUCUGCAGUGUGACAACGCUAAAGGACUGAGGGCCUUUUUUGACGCCAUAUGCUACGGUCCCAAACAUCUGAUGAUCUUCGGAGGUGUGUGCCCGUCUGUGACCUCCAUUAUUGCAGAGUCUUUGGAGGGCUGGAAUCUGGUUCAGCUGUCAUUUGCCGCGACCACCCCGGUUCUGGCAGACAAGAAGAAGUACCCCAACUUCUUCCGCACCGUCCCGUCCGAUAACGCUGUGAACCCAGCAGUUAUCAAAUUCCUUAAUUACUACAACUGGAGCCGGGUGGGGACCCUCACACAGGAUGUCCAGAGGUUCUCAGAGGUGAGGAAUGAUCUGACCUAUGAACUGGAGAAAGCAAACAUUCACAUUGCAGAUACAGAAAGUUUUUCCAAUGAUCCCUGUGUCAAUGUCAAAAAGCUGAAGGACAAUGAUGUGAGAAUCAUCAUUGGGCAGUUUGAUGAGCAUUUGGCCUCUAAAGUCUUCUGCUGUGCAUAUAACUUGAACAUGUACGGCAGCAAAUACCAGUGGAUCAUCCCAGGCUGGUAUCAACGAAACUGGUGGGAGCAGGCGAACAACACCAACUGCACUUCCAGGAAGCUCCUAACAGCCAUGGAGGGAUACAUCAGCGUGGACUUUGAACCGCUCAGUUCUCGGCCAGUGAAGGGCAUCUCCGGCAGGACCCCAAAGGAAUACGAGAAGGAGUAUUACAGGGAGCUCCAGCAGAAAGGUGUGGAGGCAAGCAAGUUUCAUGGCUUUGCCUAUGAUGGGAUCUGGGUAAUUGCAAAGACCUUGAACCGAGUAAGGGAACUGCUGCGGACAAAAGAAAGGCAAAAUAUAUAUCACAACUUCACUGUGGACGAUCGGGAAGUGGGGAAAAUGGUGCUUGACGUCAUGAAUGAAACGAACUUCUAUGGAGUUACAGGUCAAGUCAUGUUUCGCAAUGGAGAGAGGAUGGGCACAAUAAAAUUCAACCAGUUUCAAGAUGGUCAGGAAGUAAAAGUGGGAGAGUACAAUUCCAUCGCCGACAUCCUGGAUCUCCAGAACAACUCCAUCAGGUUCCAAGGUGUGGAGCCUCCCAAAGAUCGCACGUUUGUCCGUCUACAACGGCGCCACAUCAAUGUGCCACUGUACAGCAUCUUGUCUACUAUAACCAUCCUGGGGAUGCUAAUGGCCGGGGCUUUCCUGUUCUUUAACAUCAAGAACCGAAAUCACAGACUAAUCAAGAUGUCCAGUCCAUACAUGAACAACCUGAUCAUCCUAGGAGGCAUGCUGUCCUACGCUUCGAUUUUCCUCUUCGGUCUUGACGGAGGUUUUGUUUCGGACAAAGAGUUUGAGACGCUCUGCACUGUCCGGACAUGGAUCCUCAUUGUUGGAUACACAACUGCUUUUGGUGCCAUGUUUGCCAAGACGUGGAGGGUACAUGCCAUCUUCAAAAAUGUGAAGAUGAAGAAAAAGAUCAUAAAGGACCAGAAACUGUUGAUUAUCGUCGGUGGGAUGCUGCUUAUCGACUUAUGCAUUCUAAUUUGCUGGCAGAUCGUGGACCCUCUCAGGAGAACCGUGGAGGAAUACAGCUUGGAGGCGGACCCACAAGGCCGGGACAUUGCCAUCCGUCCCUUCUUGGAGCACUGUGAGAACACCCACAUGACCAUUUGGCUUGGCAUCGUGUAUGCCUACAAGGGACUGCUAAUGCUGUUUGGCUGCUUUCUGGCGUGGGAGACCAGGAACGUGAGCAUCCCUGCCCUCAACGACAGCAAGUACAUCGGAAUGAGCGUGUACAACGUUGGCAUCAUGUGCAUCAUUGGCGCAGCCGUGUCGUUUCUGACCAGGGAUCAGCCGAAUGUCCAGUUCUGCAUCGUAGCUCUCGUCAUCAUCUUUUGUAGCACCAUCACCCUCUGUCUUGUCUUCGUUCCUAAGCUGAUCACCAUGAGAACAAACCCAGACGCAGCCACGCAGAACCGGCGGUUAAAGUUCACCCAAAAUCAGAAGAAGGAAGAUUCCAAGACCUCCACCUCGGUCACCAGCGUGAACCAGACCAACACCUCCCGACUGGACGGGCUGCAAACCGACAACCACCGCCUCCGGAUGAGGAUAACCGAGUUGGAUAAGGAGCUGGAGGAAGUGACCAUGCAGCUGCAGGACACCCCAGAGAAAACUCCUUACAUUAAACAGAACCAUUACCCAGACGCCAACAACAUCCUCAGCAUACGCAACUUUACAGACGGCAAAGAUGGAGAGAAAUCGAUACUGAAAAACCACCUGGAGCAAAAGCCGCAGGCGCAGUGGGGCUCCAUGGAUCCUUCCAGAAUAAGCAGAGGUCCCCUGGAGGAUAUCAACUCACCUGAACACAUACAGCGUCGACUGUCGUUGCAGCUGCCUAUCCUGCACCACGCGUACUUACCUUCCAUAGGAGGGGUUGACGCCAGCUGCACCAGUCCAAAUGGAAGCCCGGGCUCCAGUCCGAGGCACAGACACAUGCCCCCUUCCUACAGGGUAAUGGUCUCUGGGCUGUGAGCCUCAUCUACUCCCCCACUUCGCUCUUUGUUGAGGAGACACAAACGGUUCUUUUUUUUCUACGACAAACAGACUGAUAUGGUCAGCGUACGUGCGUUAUUCCGUCUUGGACUGAAAAAGAAGAUGGGGUCGAACAAAGAGAGGGGGGAGGGAUAAAGUUUUACUCGUCAUACCUCUGCACUCGGGUCUCUUGAGGACUGACGCCGUCAGUCAAAAAAAAAAAAAA